AUGCUGGGAGGAGUGCUUGCCAUUCUAGCCAUUGUGGCUCUAACAGGAGCCAUCGAGGAUUUUGAUCCUUUCGUAGAUAUACCCUUCAAGAGGAUUAAGACUUCGGCGGAGCGCAUCGCGGAGCACGGCUAUCCGGCCGAAUCGCAUUUUGCCGAGACCCCGGACGGCUAUGUGCUGAAUCUGUUCCGCAUCCCGCACUCCCCGAGGCUAAACAAUGCCGGGGAAUCCCCCCGACCGGUGGUGCUCAUCAUGCACGGACUGUUCAGCUGCUCCGAUUGCUUCCUGCUCAAUGGGCCGGAGGAUGCGCUGCCGUAUAACUACGCGGACGCCGGCUACGACGUCUGGCUGGGCAAUGCCCGCGGCAACAUCUACUCGAGGAACAACACCAGGCUGGACGUGAAGCACCCGUACUUCUGGAGGUUCAGCUGGCACGAGAUUGGCGCCAUCGAUCUGCCCGCCACGAUUGACUAUAUCCUGGACCUCACGGGCCAGCAGGCCCUGCACUAUGUGGGCCACUCCCAGGGCUGCACUUCCUUCUUCGUCAUGGGCUCCUACAGGCCGGAAUACAAUGCCAAGAUCAAGACGGCUCACAUGCUGGCCCCACCCGUCUACAUGGGCAAUACCACGGAGGGACUCAUUGUGGGCACGGCCCCCUACUUUGGUCACCACGGCAUUGGCUCCACCCUGUUGGAGAACCAGGUCUUACUGCCCCAGAACGCGUUCGUCCAGAGGAUACUGGACACCACCUGCAGCAAUCGGCCAAUCAUGCUCAGCUACUGCAAGACCUUGGCCAUGCUCUGGGGAGGUCCCGAGAUCGGGAACCUGAAUAAGACCCUUCUCCCCCAGAUUGCUGAAACGCAUCCCGCGGGAGUCUCCUCAAACCAGGCCAUUCACUACAUUCAGUCCUUCGCCUCAAACGAUUUCCGUUUGUACGACUGGGGAAGCCGCAAGAACCUGGAGUACUACGGGCAGGAGGAACCCCCGGCCUAUGAUCUUACUAAAAUUACCGCCGAACUUUAUCUGUACUACGGCCUUUCGGAUGGUUCGGCGAACAAACAGGAUAUCUCCCGACUGCCGGGUCAAUUACCCAAUUUGGCUCUGCUCUACGAAGUGCCCGAUCCCACUUGGGGACAUUUGGACUUCAUAUUUGCCACAGAGGUCAAGAAGGUUAUCAACGAUAUGGUGGUGGAUUAUAGUAAGGCCUACGAUGAAAGGGAUGCUGAGAAGGAAUAG